CCACAUCGGCGGCACGGACCGUGAGUCAACUGCCCAACAAAAUCAAUCCGUUUACCAAUGCGACAUCUCUUCAAGAAAACAACGCAUAAUUACCUACACAUCACACGGAUUCACCAUGGAGGCCACAGCAAGGGCAGCAGCUGCUGCUACUUCUAGGCUCACUCUCUCCCGUCCAAUCCUUACAGCUGUCGGACGGGCACGCAUGUCAACUGUGAUCGAAUCAGACCGGAGAAUUGGCCAGCUACCAUCGACCCCGCCCCCACCACCAGCUUCCCCUCUUCAUCCACCUCGACAACCUCGACCAGUGCAACAGCAGGAAACGCCCCAGGAUGGCGACCGGCAACAGAAUGCGCGGCGGAUCCUGCGCGAGGCCGCUGAAGCCACUGCCCCGAGGCACAAUUGGACGAGGCAAGAGAUCGCUGCCAUCUACUACCAGCCCCUGCUGGAGCUCACAUACCAAGCCGCUAACGUCCAUCGACGGUUCCACAACCCGGCUGAGGUCCAGCUCUGCACUCUCAUGAACAUCAAAACGGGCGGCUGCACCGAGGACUGUUCCUACUGUGCGCAGUCGACGCGGUACCAGAAGGGCACGGGUGUCGAGGCCCGGCGGGUGGAGACGGUGGAAUCCGUGCUCGCGGCUGCGCGCACGGCCAGGGAGAAGGGCAGCACGCGGUUCUGCAUGGGGGCGGCGUGGCGGGACAUGCGGGGGCGGCGGACGAGCCUGCGCAACGUCAAGGAGAUGGUGACCGGGGUGCGGGCCAUGGGCAUGGAGGUGUGCGUGACGCUGGGCAUGAUCGACGCCGCCCAGGCCCGCGAGCUCAAGGACGCCGGCCUGACGGCCUACAACCACAACGUCGACACGAGCCGCGAGUUCUACCCGUCCGUCAUCUCGACCCGCACCUACGACGAGCGCCUGCAGACGCUGGCCCACGUGCGCGACGCCGGCAUCAACGUCUGCUCGGGCGGCAUCCUGGGGCUCGGCGAGUCUUCCGAGGACCGUAUCGGGCUGCUGUACACCGUCUCGAACCUGCCCUCGCACCCGGAGAGCUUCCCCGUCAACGCGCUCGUGCCCAUCAAGGGGACGCCGCUCGGCGACAGGAAGCCCGUCGAGUUCACGAGCAUGCUGCGCACCAUCGCCGCCGCUCGCCUCGUCAUGCCCGCCACCAUCAUCCGCAUCGCCGCCGGCCGCAAGACCAUGGCCGAGGAGCAGCAGGCCAUGUGCUUCAUGGCCGGCGCCAACGCCAUCUUCACGGGCGAGAAGAUGCUCACCACCGAGUGCAACGGCUGGGACGAGGACGCCGCCCUGUUCGGCCGCUGGGGCUUGGAGCCCAUGAAGAGCUUUGAGAAGUCGCCGCCGUCGGCAGAGGAGGGAUAGAGAGAGUGCGUGCAUGUGUGUGUGUGUGUGUGUGUCUGUGUUUUGCUCUCCCUUGUUGUGUCUACGUGCAAACAUGAAAUGGAUGAGCGAGCGAGCGAGCGAGCCAGUGACUGAAGGCCCCCAGUGAACAUAUAAAAUGAGGAGUCAGCCGUCCAAUUGUUCCUAUCAGCCGCCUCUGAACCCCUUAUUUGUCACUUCGCCAUUUAUGAUCCCGACGACCGUAGCCAAGUAGUAGCCAUACGCUU